CACGUGAUAAGUAUGGGUAGCAUAACUUGAUCCCACUUCUCCCACCUGGGAAUGAGUGGGUGAACGUGGUCACCCCUGUUGUCUGUGUGAAUCUCAGCGCCUACAACCAAGCGGCAGGGAGCACAAGCAUGCUCCUGAAAGCAGGGCCCCAGCUGGGCGCGGACGCCGGCCAUUGCCAUGGAGAGUGUCAGCCAAUGAGGUAAGCUGGCCGGGCCGGAGCGAGCCUGUUUCACAAAUUCGGGGGCUCGAUUUGUUCUUCGUGUGAAAAAAGGACGAAUAAACGAGCUGCACAGGUUCUCAGUACAAUACCGAGGACAGCGCACACCCAGCAAGAUGAUGCACAUGAUCCUGAACCAAAUGGAAUCGUUAGACAGACAUGUGAAUGUGUUAAUAGACUACAUGUUCGGUCCUAGAGAUCCCAGGGUUAAAGGAUGGCUAAUGCUGGAUUCCUAUUUACCUACGUUCCUCCUUACACUCUUGUACCUAAUCGCUAUAUGGCUGGGAACAAAGUAUAUGAAGGAGAAACCUGCAUUCUCUCUCAGGAUUCACUUAAUAAUAUAUAAUCUUGGAGUAAUGCUUCUGUCUCUCUACAUGUUUAUUGAGCUGGUCCUGGCAAGCUGGGAAGGCAAGUACAACUUGCAGUGUCAAAAUCUCCACAGUGCCAAUGACGCUGACAUUAGGGUGGCAAAGGUGCUUUGGUGGUACUACUUUUCUAAAGCUAUUGAAUUUAUGGACACGUUUUUUUUCGUCUUACGGAAGAAAAAUAGCCAGAUUACAUUUCUUCAUGUAUAUCACCAUGCAACAAUGUUCAACAUCUGGUGGUGCGUCCUUAACUGGAUACCUUGUGGCCAAAGUUUCUUUGGUCCAACACUGAACAGUUUUAUCCAUGUAUUAAUGUACUCCUAUUAUGGCCUAUCCACCAUUCCAUCCAUGCAGCCUUAUCUUUGGUGGAAGAAAUACCUGACCCAAGCACAGCUGGUACAAUUUGUGCUUACAAUUAUCCAUACACUCAGUGCAGUAGUGAAACCAUGUGGAUUCCCACUUGGCUGCUUGUUAUUCCAGUCCUCCUAUAUGGUCACACUGGUCAUCCUGUUCAUAAACUUUUACAGAAAGACUUACAGAAAAUCAGUACAACAGGAUGACAAAGCUGCUUCUGAUCUGAAUGAAAUGAAGAAUGGAUAUUACAAUGGCUAUGCAAAGACAAUGAAAGGCAGCACAUCAAAUAAAAUAGAUUAAUUUCUAUAAAGCAAGUAUAGCAUUAAAGUACUGAUAAACACUCAUAGUUACAUCUACCUGCUCUCUUAAUUUAAAAUAUUAAAAUUUCUCUAUUGGUCUUUAAAACAGAAAACCAGAACAUUUGAAUGCACUGGUUACAAAAAAAACUUGUACUUAAUUUUUAGUUCAGUUAAUAUUUUAUCAGAGUUUUCAGAUCAUUGUACUUUUCAGAUGUGACCUACAAAUUUAAACAAUUGUCUGGUUUCUGGAUCCAGCAUAGGUUACAAGUCCAGAAUCUUAGAGGAAUUUAGAUCAUUCUGGAACAGAAUUUCAAAUGAAUGUAACUGCCUUGUCAUUUGUAUAUUCACCCAAAUUUCAGUAAAAAUACAUGAUUAUUUUCACCAGUAAAUAUGUUUACAAAACUGCCUUACUUCUGGAGCACACAGUGAUAAUACCCUUCACAAAAACUCAAAUUCAAGAUUUUUAUUUAAACUUCUUUCAAUAUUAAGGUCUGUUCCACCUGUCUCAAGAUCUAGAUUUCUACAUGCUAAUUAAAAUGCUUGAAUUUUAUUUGUAUAUUCAUAAAUGUAGACUUUGUACUCUACUGACUGAUUGAGUUGUUUGUAUAAACCUUUUAAAAAAAGUCUAAUAA